GCGAGUCUGCCCGAUGUAAUGGGUGGCAUCCCAUCCAGGAUGGCCUUGAGUCCACUGGGAUAGACACCAGACUCCCCAUGACCAUGUGGAGGAUAAGCGGUACAGAAAAUGGAUGGAUGGAUGGAUGGAUUGUGCUUUAAAGCUAAGUACCAAAUUACCUGAAGCAAAUGGCUAUAUUUUUAAAAAAUAUUUUUUUAAAAUAUGCAACAUAUUUCAACUAAAGGGAAAGCAAGGUCAUUUUUUGCCUACCUAGGUUUGCAGGCUCCCCUGAAAUUCUAAAUAUCUAACCAGAUUUUCCAGUCUGAUGCUUCACAAUACAAUAAAGAAAGAAUGUUUGGUUAAUAAAUUGUAUUAAAAAUCCAAAGUCAUCUCAGUCUUUUGCACUCUGCAUCGUUCUGUCUGCACUGUGUGUAUCAGCAGUGUAAAACACAAUGUGUAAGUGUAAGUGUGUGUAAUUAUCUCUUGUAAUGUACAGUUAGAAAGAGGCUUUUAGAGAUGCCAUGCCUCUACACCCCCUUUGUUUCUCCACCUCUCAGCCUCGUCCUCCCGCUGUUUUUCACUCGAGGGGAGAUUGAGGCAGAAAGCACACUGCAAUCAGAGACAAAAAGUGAAUUGAAAUAAAAGUGAAGACCCUAGUGAUCAUGUGGAGUACGUUUUUGCUGUGGGCGGGGCUUGUGCACUUCUCCCUCGCACACACCGAUUCACUGACCUGGCUCAACUACCUACGCAGUCGAGCCUACAGAUACAGAUACAGCUCAAAUUAUGACAACUACGCGUCCCUUUACGCACAAGAUGACGCUGAAGCACUAGACUGCCCCCUGGAGUGCGAGUGUCCUCCUGCCUACCCUACUGCCAUGUACUGCCACAACCGCAACCUCCAGCAUGUGCCUUUUGUACCCUCGCGCAUGAAGUACGUGUACCUCCAAAACAACCGGAUCACCGGAAUCACCGAUGGGGUUUUUGACAAUGCCACCGAGCUCGUCUGGAUCAUCCUGAAUAUGAACCAGCUGAGAUCUGACAAAAUCAGCAGCAAGAUCUUCGCCAAGCUGUCCAAACUGGAGCGUCUGUUCUUGCAGCACAACAAACUUGAGCACAUCCCAGAAGGACUUCCUCAUUCCCUUCAGGACCUGCGCUUGGACCACAACGCCAUCACAUCCGUGCCUCCUGGGUCCUUGCGUGGAAUGAACCGUCUCGCAGCCCUACGUCUCAAUUAUAACACUAUCCAGGAUCUGGGUGGUGCCGUAGAGUCACUGGUCUCGCUCAGCUUUCUGGAUUUGCGUGGGAAUCAGUUAUCAAAGGUUCCAGAGCAUCUUCCACCCACGCUGAGCCAGCUGUACCUCGACCACAACCAUAUCUCUUCUGUCCCUGUGGACUUUGUGAAGAAACGGCCAGGGCUGCGCUUUAUGCGCCUCUCGCACAACCGCCUCACCGAUGCAGGAAUCCCACCCAAUACUUUUAAUGUGAGCACUCUCAUGGAGCUGGACCUGUCCCACAACAAGCUGGGAAAGAUUCCAGCCAUCGGCACAAGGCUGCAGAACCUCUACCUUCAGGCAAAUCACAUCAAAGAGUUCUCAAUCAGCAGUUUCUGUCAAGUUAUAAACGUGACCAACUACUCCAACCUGCGUGUUCUGCGGCUGGAGGCAAACAAGAUCAGCCCUCGGGAUGUGCCCCCUGAGGCCCUGCUAUGUCUGCGCAAAGCCACAAGCAUCAACCUAUAGACAUGAAAUAAGAGCAUGCUGACUAACAUCCAGGCAACCCGACUGCAAACUAGUCAGCGUUUCACUUUAGGAACAGUCCUACUACUGACAUAAAGAACAACUCUUAAGUAUUACCACAGACUAAUGCAUGAAUAUAACCUCGAUAAAUGUGACGAUAUAUAUUUGAGUAAAAAUACGCUCAUGGGAAUUUACUAAAAGUCCUGCGUCAUGUGAAAGACCACACAGAGUGCUGACCUUUGACAUACUUGGUUUCAUUUCUUGCUCAUCACAUUUCUACAGUCAAGGAAGUGAGAAAUGGGUCACACUUUCGUGAUCAUGGGAUGAUCAAAUGUAAUGUUUU